AUGCCCAGAAAUGAAUCGUACCCACGGACCACCUGCGAGACAUACCGCAGAUUGUUCCCUUGGACCAGCAGCAAGACAGACCGCCUGCGUAAAACGUUAGUCAUAUGGGAUAUUGAGGAUUACACAAUCCCUGAAGGAGAAGGUCUCGAUCUUGAUUGCAUCAAGCAGAAAAUCGAAGCAGCUAUAAAGAAGGAGGGUUUUGAUAUUAGAAUGAUGCUGACCAUUUGGGUUUUCGGUGGUGCCGAGAAUUCAAGCUUUGUUGAAUUGAAAGCCAAAUUUUGGGACGCCGGAUUUCGUGUCCAUCCCUUUGAAGGGGAUAAACUUGGCAGGUUUAACACUAUGUUUGCGGACGUUGCUAUCUGGUCAUUCAGCUUGGGAGAGCCAGCAAAUUUGCUGAUACUCUCAGAAGAAAAGGAGAACAUGGAACAUGACCUCAAAUUCUGCAGAUUUCGUCAAGCUUUAGAAAAUAAAGGUUUCACUGUUGCCUCAGAACACCCUGAUAUUCUCUUUAACCAAGAAACUGCCGUUGAAGAAGAGCCACCACAAGGUCUUAACCGUGUACCUUACUAUGAUGUCGCAAGUGACGGCAGUCUUACGAUUGCUUACUGGCCGCCCAUACAAACCUCCGAUCCUCCUGAGCCUUACCCCUGA